CAUGAAUUCCCCAAUGACAUCUUCACAAAUGAGGACAGGAGGCAUGGAGCUGUGGUCCUGCACGUCCUUUGUGCCGUGUAUAUGUUUUAUGCUUUGGCAAUUGUCUGCGAUGAUUUCUUUGUCCCUUCGUUGGAGAAGAUUUGUGAACGCUUGCAUCUUAGCGAAGAUGUGGCUGGGGCAACUUUCAUGGCAGCGGGAAGCUCUGCUCCUGAGCUGUUUACAUCUGUCAUAGGUGUUUUUAUCACAAAAGGAGAUGUAGGCGUUGGAACCAUCGUAGGCUCGGCUGUGUUUAACAUUCUCUGUAUUAUUGGCGUGUGUGGGCUUUUUGCAGGACAGGUGGUUGCACUGUCAUCGUGGAGUCUCUUGAGGGAUUCAAUCUACUAUACACUGUCAGUUGUUGCACUCAUUGUGUUUAUUUAUGAUGAAAAAGUUUCCUGGUGGGAGUCCUUGGUCUUGGUGCUGAUGUACAUCAUCUACAUCAUCAUCAUGAAGUACAACUCAACCAUACAUCACCUGUUCGAAAGGAAGACCAAAAACUCUGCCAAUAUGGUGAACGGUUUGGCAAACAACACAGAGAUGGAUGACAGCAGCAACUGCGACGCCACAGUGGUGUUACUAAAGAAAGGAAACUUCCACCGUAAAGCCUCAGUGAUUAUGGUGGAUGAGCUGCUGUCUGCCUACCCACACCAGCUUUCAUUUUCUGAGGCUGGGCUCCGGAUCAUGAUAACCAGCCACUUCCCUCCCAAAACACGGCUCUCCAUGGCCAGCCGCAUGCUGAUCAAUGAGAGACAAAGGCUGAUCAACAGCAGGACUUACACCAAUGGUGAGUCAGAAGUAGCAAUCAAAAUCCCUAUCAAGCACGUGGUGGAGAACGGAACAGGCCCCAGCAACUCGGGCGAGCGGGGCGUGAACGGCACGCGGCGGGACGAGGACAUCGCCGAGGCUGGGAAUGAGACCGAGAACGAGAACGAGGACAAUGAGAACAACGAGAACGAUGAGGAAGAGGAGGAAGAUGAUGAUGACGAUGACCAAGAAGGGCCAUACACACCUUUUGACCUACCCACUGGCAAGAUAGAAAUCUUGAAGUGGCUCUUCACAUGGCCAUUGAGUUUUGUCCUGUACUUCACAGUGCCCAACUGUAACAAACCCCACUUGGAAAAAUGGUUCAUGGUUACCUUUGCUUCUUCUACCCUCUGGAUUGCAGCUUUCUCCUACAUGAUGGUGUGGAUGGUGACAAUCAUUGGUUACACACUGGGAAUUCCAGAUGUGAUCAUGGGCAUCACAUUCUUGGCAGCUGGAACCAGCGUGCCGGACUGCAUGGCAAGCCUGAUCGUAGCGAGGCAAGGUAUGGGAGACAUGGCUGUGUCCAACUCCAUUGGAAGCAAUGUUUUUGAUAUUUUAAUUGGCCUGGGCCUCCCAUGGGCUUUGCAGACCCUAGCAGUGAAUUAUGGAUCAUAUAUUCGGUUAAACAGCAGAGGACUUAUCUAUUCUGUCGGUCUCCUGCUGGCAUCUGUUUUUGUCACAGUUUUUGGCGUCCACAUGAACAAAUGGAAACUGGAUAAGAAGCUAGGGUGUGUGUGCCUUUCCCUUUACGGCAUCUUCCUCUGUUUCUCCAUCAUGACAGAGUUCAAUGUUUUCACUUUUGUGAACUUGCCCAUGUGCAGAGAUCACUAA